AUGGAUCGUCCGCCGUCCGAAACCACACGUGCGGCAUCCAACCCUGUCGCAGCUGCGACAACUUCUGCCCGUCUUGAUGCGCCGCGCUCGCUUUCCACCGCUACAUCCCAACGAUCUAUCAAAGAUUUGGUCAAUCGUUUCAACCAGCAGUCCACCAACGACCAACAACCCAUACAGCCCCCACAGCCCCCACGAGCUGUUCCACGCUCUCGUCUGCAGCGCCCACCACGCUCGCCUACUAGAAACCGCACCGCUUCCUCUUCUCGAACCCGCUCUGCCACUCCGCAAGACACUAUCUCGCCCUUGAAGAGUCCCACUCGCCGUAGCAAGAUCCGCCCGCCCGCCUCACUUUCUUCGGACCAACUCAGAACCCGAAACUAUGCUCCGCAUGACGCGGCUCACGACAGCCUCUUCUCUAUAGCACCCCGUCGAGGUUCUGAUGGUAGCUUGAGCUCCUCCUCGGCACACUCUCCGACACUCCACAAGCGAUCGCUUUCCAAUGCCGAAUACCAUCUACCCACUCCUCUACACUCAAGUCGCUCACGUCCUGGUACUGGCCACAGGCGUGUGCGCAGCGANUUCGUCGGACCUGAAGCCGAUUCUGCUCUGUCGAUCCACCCCAUUUCCUAUCGUUCGCUGCCACGCAAUGCCUCGACUUCGUUGAUCAGUCCUUCGCGGAUCCCUGUCAGCAGUUCCAGACGUUCCGCCAGCGUGGAGCCUCUUUCGCCCACCACCUUACGCCACAUUUCACAGAUGGGCCAGUCAGUCAAUCAUUUCCCUGCUCCCACAUCGCCUCGUUCUCGUCAUAUAUCGUCUCAACGUGCUUCUUCUAUCGGCUCGAAUCUUCUAGGCCUGCCUACUCUCGGUAACACACGGUACGAUUCUUCUAUGCGCCAGCGACAGGCAUCCGUAGGCAAUAGUCUAAAAGCCUUUAUCAAUGCACCCCCUCCUCUAAAGUCUCCUCCGCUAAGAAGUUCACGUCCUAGGCCUCCCGUUUCUUCCGCCUCGACAACCGCUUCGCGUGCCCGUUCUGGCCAGCGUUUUGAGUCUUCGCUUGCCUUGCAGAAUAGCGACCCCGCGAAAACUAGAAAGAAGAAGAUACCGGAACUGGACAAUAUCAAUCUGGCUGCGCGAAAGGAGAAGAUACAACGUGCCUUUAGCGACAAUUCGGUCGAAGCAUCUGGAAGGGGCAGUCUGAGUGGUAGCGAAUCAAGACGUGGAAGCAACGUCAAUGACACGGCUAGUGACGAUCGAGGAGACCACAGCGGCAACGGCCGCGAUAUGGACUCUUCCUUCGAGCAUACAGACGUUGAAUUCACCGACACUGAACAGACUGAAGCUGAUCACACCGAUCCUGACCUGUCAGAAACCUCCGGUCUAUUGUCUCCAACCACACCACGCAACAUUCCUGGCGCAUUCAUUGACUACGAGGAUUCUCCACUCUCAGCUAAGCGUGCUGAAGGUCAUGGCUUCUCUGAGGUGAACUCCAGUCCGCCAGACCAGUCCGUCGACAAGGUCGAGUACGAAGAGGAGGCUGUGGCGGAUAGUUGUGAUGAAUCUUUGGCAGGAGAACAUAUGGCAGAGGCACCAGGAACGCUUCUCAGCCAGGUUAUGAAAAUGCGGGAGAGAAGCGUAUCGAGCGCCUCGCAUACAGAUUUCGAAGAAGGCUCCUCAUUUACCCCUUCGGAAAAUGGAGAUCGUGCUUCGAUACACAUCGUGCUUCAAGACGAUGUUGUACCUGCAACGCAGGCAGAGGACUGGUCUUCUGACUUGCCGUCUUCCCCAGCACCUUAUCACGCUUCUGGACAGUCCGAGUCUUCCCCGUCACCCCUCAGUCACCGCGCUCCUGUGUCUUAUCACAUUCCUGAUUCGGAUGAAGACAGCUUUGCUAGCGACGUUGCUCAGGUUGGACUUUCUUCACCCUGGAUUGGUCAACUGCCGCACGUCACACAUUUGGAAGAAGCGGACCCUGAGACACCCAGGAAAUCGGACUUUGUCAGAGCCACAACCUCGACAAACCUAAUUCCUGACGAAGACAAGACUCCACGUCAGUCGAAGCGUGCGGGCAGAGCUUCAGCGCUGGCCAUUAUCCCAGACUGGAACGAACAUGGCCAAGCCCGUGAGGCCGUGGACCGUCUCACCAGCCAGUAUCAGGAGGUCGGCUCUGUAUCGCCUGAGAUGCUCUACGACUUUCAGCAACAUGUCGUGCCGCUUUCNCCCAGUCUUUCCAAGGCUGAAGCCAACGAUGCAGAUUCUGUCGGAUUCCUUCUGGACAGCAUACUGCGAGAGCAGGCUGGUUCUCCUCAACCAAGAAAGUCGGUGACCGAUUAUCUGUCGCCCAAUUCAUACAACCCCUCUGAUCGCACAAACAUGGAGACGCCAGAAGAAGAGAUUCGCGGCACUGCGAUUGUUUACAGCACCACCUACAGACGGUCUGCUGCGAGCCUUCCUAGAGCUUCUCAGGAUGCUCUCAACGACACUUCUUACUUGCAGUCUUUCUCUCCUUCUAGCGUUAUGGUCAACACUCCUGCAUCUCAAUACGACUUUGGCACGCCCGCUUCAGAACAUAUGGGCACUAGCACCCCAGCUCUGCCCGACACUACAUCUGGCGCAGUCAACGAGGAUGAUGAUGACUAUCGUCCUCCACCUCCACCCAAGGAUUAUGGAUACUCGCCUCGAUCAAGUACUGGUCAACUUUCGAUGGCGUCACUGAGCCAGACAUUGCCUUCAUCUCGUAACAGCAGAUCUUCAGACAGACUUCGGCUUCCAGAGAUACCGAUGGGUACAGGACUUGGACUCACCAUGUCCAAUUCUUCCGCAGACACCGCAAGACCUCAACCACCAUUGCCAGAACACACCCCUCCACCACCUCCACCUGCAAAUGUGAAUGCAAAUGCAAAUGCACAAGAGCUGCCGUUCGAGGUCAUUCUCACAGACGCUUCUCCUGGGCCUACGUUUACAAGUCACCCGGCAAGCCCAGUCUCAGCGCGAUCGAGAACACAAGAUGAACGCCACAGGAACUUCUCAACACCUGCACGCCCAUCGAUGGAGUCAAUGAAGCCUGAGAUGGUGCCCUUGCCUCCCUCACAAUCGAUGUCUUCGUUCCAAUCAUCCUCUGUUCGACCGUCGGUUGACUAUGGCCCGCCUCCUUCAACAAUGCCUCCAUCUCCCAAUCCCGAGACUGAGCGCCUUACCAAACGCAGGCAUAUUGUUCAAGAGGUCAUAGACACCGAGUACUCUCAUCAUCAAGAUAUGAAGAUCAUCGAGGAUAUCUACAAGGCGACUGUAGGCGACAUCAUAUCUGUGGAGGACAGAAAGACCCUUUUCGGCAACGUCGAUCAGGUCGAGAAGUUCUCACUUGAAUUCUACGAUGCGCUGCGCAAGGCUGCCGCACCUAUCUAUGUUCCUCCCAAGUCUUCUCGCUGGCAACCUAAGAGGGGCAGCUUUUCGACUUCGAACAGCGACGGCAAUUCAUCAAGCGUGGUCAUAGACGAUGACAAGGACCGAUUGACCACAAUUGGCGCCGUCUUUGCCAAACACAUGGCUCGCAUGGAGCACGUCUAUGAGGUGUAUUUGAAGAACCACGAGAACGCCAACAAUUGUCUGAAGAGAAUCCAAUCAGAGCCCCUUGUAACCUCUUGGCUUACGGAGUGUCAGAAGAUGGCGAGCGACAUCACUGGUGCUUGGAACUUGGACUCAUUGUUGGUAAAGCCCACGCAACGCAUCCUCAAGUAUGGUCUCCUUCUUGGAGAUUUGGUCGGGCGCACGCCCGAGAACCAUCCNGACCGAAAGGCGUUGAAUCACUCGCUUGAGGGUAUCCUUGCAGUUUGCAAGAGAAUCAACGAAUCCAAAAAGCGUUCGGAAUAUGUCCAAGAAGUGCACAGGAAACGUGCUAAGUCCAAUGCCCGCAGUGCUCUGGCAACUUUCCUCGCAAAGAAGGAUACUGUCAAGGACCGUGUUGGAGCAGAGGAAGCCCACAAGGAUCCUGAGUUCGAUCAGGCAGUGCAAGCGCUCAAUGGUCACUAUCUCAAGCUUCAAAUCUGCAUGCGAGACAUCCAGCACACUCUGGAAGAGCUUGAGAAGCCUGUCGCUCACUUUAUGAGAUUUGCCGAUGCGCUGCAAAAGUACGUCGAGUGCGACACGAACAACUGCCCCGAGAUCGAGAGCAAGUUCCGCAAAUUCAUUCUGGCCAUCAACGAACUCUGUACCGUCGCCCUGCCAGAUCACAAGGCCCGUGUGCAGGCACACGUCGUCAAUCCGAUGCUCGAGUGUCUGAAGCUCUAUACUGGUCCUCAACAUCUGAUAGCGAAGCGCAAGAAGCGCGUCGCAGAUUAUGCCCGCCUUCAAGCGAUGCAGCANAAAGGCCAGAAGCCUGAUGCCAAAACCGCCGAAGCCGCAGAAGUCUACGAAGCGCUCAACGAGCAACUCAAACUUGAUCUGCCCCGACUCUACACGCUGCAGUCAGAAUUGGUGAGAGCGUGUCUGAAUACUCAUGUCUACCUCCAGUCACAAUGGUGGUGGUUGUGGAAGGAGAAGCUCGCCCCUGUUGUUGACUUCGCCUACGCCCGUUAUACCGAAAUCGAGCCGGAGUUCGUUGAAGAGUACGAGUUUGUUCACUCUCAGGUGUUGUCGCUUGGUGUCUGUAAUGGCGCAUUGCUUGCCGACACUUUCAACUUCCUGUCACCACAGACCACUCUGGUUGGCGAUGAAACCGUCUCCUCUCAAGCUUCUACACGACGUCCUUCGAUUCUGCCGAACGGUCAUAGAACCAUGUCUAUUGGCAGCGAAAACCAGCCACUAUUCACUCCUACUGACUUCAACAAGUCUUUCAAUUCAGCGAUGGCAUCUCCAGUAUUGCCUGAUUCAGGUCAGCCCGGCUAUUACGGUAGGAUGCGAUCGAGCUCGUCCCUGUCUACUCGCGGCCGCGCUCCUAGUGUGGGUGCGAACCAGAACAGCAGUCUUCCCCCAUCUCGUAUGCCUAGCAUCGUACCCAAAGCUUCGUUCUCUGCCAGCAGACCUUCAACUGCCCAGCGUCCUGCAGAUCUGAAGAGCAUGUCUUCGCGCAUGAGCUUGGACACUGCAAAGCGGAGCCCUAGUGUACGCCCAGGCUCUGCGGUGAGCUCGCAAACCCAGCAACAACAAGAACCGCGCUUUUCUGGAAUGUUUAAUUCGGCUAUGCCUAUGUCUGAUGCUCCUGUUAGUCCUGGUCCAAUGUCACCGCAGCAUGCACCCAUGGAUACGCCUGUCAUGUUCGUGGCUGCUAGUCUUUUCGAGUUCAACAUUGAUCGAGCCAGACGCGAAGCAGGUUACCCGUACUUGACCUACGUCGAAGGCGAAGUGUUUGACGUCGUCGCACANAAGGGUGAACUUUGGCUCGCAAAGAACCAGGACGAUCCAACCAAUUCACUUGGAUGGAUUUGGGAACAACACUUUGUGAUCCUCUCGCAAGAAUCUUAG